GUGGUUCUUUGGCGCAAUCAAAAGAGCAGAUGCAGAAAAACAACUAUUAUAUUCAGAAAAUCAGACUGGUGCCUUCCUAAUCAGAGAAAGUGAAAGCCAGAAAGGAGAUUUCUCUCUUUCAGUUUUACAUGAAGGAGUUGUGAAACACUACAGAAUCAGAAGACUGGAUGAAGGGGGCUUUUUCCUUACUCGGAGAAAAACUUUUUCAACAUUGAACGAAUUCGUGAUCUACUACAGUAAAACAUGUGAUGGCCUGUGUGUCAAGCUGGGAAAACCAUGCUUAAAGAUACAGGUCCCAACUCCUUUUGAUUUAUCAUAUAAAACUGUGGAUCAGUGGGAAAUAGACCGCAACUCAAUACAGCUUCUGAAGCGAUUGGGAUCUGGUCAGUUUGGCGAAGUCUGGGAAGGCCUGUGGAACAACACCACACCAGUAGCCGUAAAAACAUUAAAACCAGGUUCAAUGGAUCCAAAUGACUUCCUGAGGGAGGCACAGAUAAUGAAGAGCCUAAGACAUCCAAAGCUCAUCCAGCUUUAUGCUGUUUGCACUUUAGAAGAUCCAAUUUAUAUUAUUACAGAGUUGAUGAGACAUGGAAGUCUGCAAGAAUAUCUCCAAAAUGAUGCUGGUUCAAAAAUCCAUCUGACUCAACAGGUAGAUAUGGCAGCACAGGUUGCCUCUGGAAUGGCCUAUCUGGAGUCCCAGAACUAUAUCCACAGAGAUUUAGCUGCCAGAAAUGUCCUAGUUGGAGAACAUAAUAUCUAUAAAGUUGCGGAUUUUGGACUUGCAAGAGUUUUUAAGGUAGACAAUGAAGACAUCUAUGAGUCUAAACACGAAAUAAAGCUGCCAGUAAAGUGGACUGCGCCUGAAGCCAUUCGUACUAAUAAAUUCAGCAUUAAGUCCGAUGUGUGGUCAUUUGGAAUCCUUCUUUAUGAAAUCAUUACCUAUGGCAAAAUGCCUUACAGUGGUAUGACAGGUGCUCAAGUAAUCCAGUUGUUGGGUCAAAACUAUAGACUCCCACAGCCAUCUAACUGUCCACAGCAGUUCUACAACAUCAUGUUGGAAUGCUGGAAUGCAGAGCCGAAGGAAAGACCAACAUUUGAGACACUGCACUGGAAGCUUGAGGACUACUUUGAAACAGAAUCUUCAUAUUCGGAUACAAAUAACUUCAUAAGAUGAACACUGAAAAACGAGUAAAUAAUGAAGUAAAAAGAAAAAAUUGCAUAAUCAAUCCAGAAAUACAAUGUUAUCAACCAACUGCAAAAUCAGUUUAUCUUGACACAUUCAGAUGGUAGGGUAAAUAUGGCUAAAAAUGACAAUAUGUACAUUUUAUUGACUGGAAAAUACUGCAGGACAGUCUAAAAUGAUAUGUCGUCUUCUCACUGCCUGGUAAAAUCAAACACAUCAAAUGAGGUUAUUUUUCUUUUUAAGUGAUACUUACAUUUCUAUUUAUUGUCUGAAAUAGCGAUCAAGAGAAUCAACAGAUGAUAGUCAAUUUUUACUCAGUGACUGUUGUAGCAUUUUCCUGUUUACUGAUUAGAGUGGUUAUUCAUUAUUCCUCAGAUUGCUGAAUCCCAUCAGGCUGUUAUUAUGAAGGAAUUUGAUUGCUUUGCUGCACAGCAGGACCUGUGCAUUGAAAUUUUUUUCCCUCUUUUAAAAUAUCUUGUAACUACAAUGAUGGCAAAGCCAUGUUAAAUGA